AUGGAGCGUCUUCACGGUGUUGACAUCUCAUGGAUGACCAACCACAGCUCCACCAAAGACCAUUCCAAGUCCCAUCCUGCCUCUCCCACCUCGAUCAACGAGCCCAAAUCGACACAGAAUGGAAAUUCACACCCUGAAGAUACAGCCUCGUUACCAAAGACCAUACUCAGAAGACCGAGUUUUCCAAAGAGCGGCUCAUCCUCCGAGAAGACGACAAUCGUGAAUGGAAACUCUCCAUCCCCAAAUCCUUCACGCCGCAACUCAUGGCUCUCCAGCAUCUCCUCCAAGUUCUCCCCAGGCGCGCACAGCAAUCACACCCCCCCUGGCAGCCCUAAAAUACCAGAAUCCGAUCCGCAAGAGGGUCCUAUACCUACUGGUCCGAGCGCUCCAAAGAAUGCAAUUCUGCAACCUGGGGUAAAGGGAAAUGGCGAUGCACCAUAUACCCCCGCGCAACCUAAAUCCGCACAGCCCAAUUUCCUACAAAGUGCUCUACGGAGGUUAUCAUCUUCUGGCGGAGUGCAGAUGAAUGCUAACCACAAGGGACCUCAACAUGGCUUGUGCCAACGGAGGGUGUUGAAUGUGGACCAGCAUCGUGAACGAUGCCAUGUCUCAGAUCUUGACUUGUCGAAAUUACGGCGGGUAGCAUUCUGUGUUGAUGUGGAAAUCGCCAGUGGGCCUCGAUAUCAUGACGACGAUUUGGUUGAAGACAAGGGGCUACAGGAGAAGAAGAUGAAGGUAGCUGAGCAGGGCGAGGGCGAUGCGUUGAAGCACCCAGAGGAAGUUAAAAAUGAGAAGGAAGAGCACGGCGUGGUAAAAGGCGUCAAUUCGGAGCUACCCAAAGAAUCACCAGCUAUCACAACCGAAGUGAAGGACGAUUCAACAACGGCCGAAAAGGAUAGCAAGAAGAAAGAGAAGAAGAAGCGGAGUGAAGAAGAGAGGAAAGCUCGCAAAGAGAAGAGACGGAAGCUGGCAGAGGCAAAUGGGACGAUUCCCGUUGAGCUUGUUAUGAAUGGGAGUGAGAGCUCUUUAGCAAGCUUUCUCACCGGACCUGGGACACCGAAAACGCAAGCUUCACCUACCACAGAUCCCGUGCGCAUCUAUAGAAGAUGUUGUCAACUCCGCGAAACGCCCAUAUUGAAAAGGGUCACCGAGCAAUUGUCAGCUACUACCUCCAUUACAGGUGUGGUCGGCAAGUUGGACCUCACAGGUUACUGGCUUCAACUGCCUGAUCUUAUUACCUUGGGUGAUUACUUGGCUGUAGUCCCUGUCAAAGAAAUCAUAAUGGAAAACUGUGGUCUGACCGAUGAAGGUGUCCGCGUCAUCCUAGCUGGCUUGUUGGCAGCGAAAUAUCCUGAUUACGGCAGAAAGUUCAAGGCCUUGAAGGAAGGGGAGGUCCCACAGGGUGGCUAUGUGGAGCGAGUGGUUUUCAAGAAUAAUCACAAGAUUGGACGAGAUGGUUGGCGGUACAUAUGCCUAUUUAUUAAUAUGUGUCGCUCACUAAAGUGCAUGGAUUUGUCGCAAAUACCCUUUCCACAACCACUACCAGCAACAACACCACAACCUGCUUCGGGUAUUCUCGGUCAUCAUCUUCAUCGAGCCUGUUCAGCUACUUCCAACCCGGAUGUAUCAUGCCUCUUAUGUAAAGCACUCGGUGAACGUUUGGCAAGCAGAGAUCUCGAGUUAUUAAACCUUGCCGAGACCGGUAUGACCACUGAGCAGCUUGGAGGCCUCAUAGAUGGCGCCAUAAAGUCAGGAUUACGUCGUCUCGGAAUUUCCGGAAACAAUAUAACACCUGAAGGCAUGCAACACGUUGCUCGCUUCCUCCGAGACGGCAACUGCGAGGGCCUUGAUCUUGGCGGGAAUGAUUUGAAAGAUCAGUUAGGCGUCAUUUCUGACGCUUUGGAUGAUGGCAAUGGGCUGUACGCCCUCAGUCUUGCAGAUUGCAGCCUAACUCCUGAUUCGUUAUGGGCUUUGUUCCCUACGUUGGUCAAGCUGAGGAAUUUCCGAUUUAUUGAUUUGUCGCAAAAUCACUCGUUGUUUGGUACUCAGCCUAGUGCGCUCUCGUUGCUUAGAAGAUACUUACCUAAAAUCCCCAUGUUGAAACGAAUACACCUGACCGACGUCUCCAUGACGCCCGAACAGGCUAUUGCACUUGCAGAAAUCCUUCCUGAGAGUCGUACACUGGCCCAUGUGAAUUUGAUGGACAACCCUCAGUUAGCAGCCCUAUCCGAUGCCAAAGACGAAGCCGGCCAAGAAGAAGCAUGCGCUCUGUAUGCUUCGCUUAUGGCAGCAGUACGCGUAUCGCACAGCAUCAUCUGCAUCGAUAUUGAAGUUCCGUCCAGUAAUUCAAGCGAACUCGUAAGAGCGCUAGCUAAACAAGUUGUUGCUUACUGCCUGCGUAAUAUGGAACAUGGAACAGUCGCUGAGAUCAGUCAGGCUGUAGCCGCAAUAUCAGAGCCUCACGGCGGUGAAAAAGAGGUUGCUGUACCGGACGUACUAUUGCAUCUUGUCGGACAUAUGGAAGGGUUCCAUGAUGAUGAAAGUGAUGACGAACCGGCUCCAAACGAGGAUUAUGUUAUUGGAGGAAGUGGUGUAGUCAAGGCAUUGGGUAUUUGUUUGCGUAAUAGAGGCAAUGACUUGAGGAGACCGUCAGCAGAUCGUACGCUCUCAGAUUUCUCAGAUAGUGGCAGCGGGUCGGCGACACCGAAAACCCCUGUCCGUGAUGGCAAGGCCAAGGAUAUGUCAAAGCACCUACUCGACAGUGCACGAAAAAUACGAGCGCGAUUACAGCCUACUUUGCUGAAAGAAUCGCACUCCAACGACCGUGCCAACUAUCAACGCCUCUUAUUCCUCGACCAGACCCUCGAAGGGAUGAUCAAACGUUUCGAGGACGAAUACCCAGAGACGCGUGUUCCCAUGACUCUCAUCUCGCCACCCCUACCUCCAGCAAGUCCAAUGGAGCAUGGCAUCGUCUCCGUAAACCAUGAAGACGACAUCGAUAGCACUCCAGGCUCUAUAGAAGUCACGCACUUGGGAGAUCCCACCGAUGCCCUAGUAUCCGACGAUGAAGACAACAACGCGCUACGCCCCAUGCUCUCACGCCACAACUCAGACGUCUCCCUUGCAUCGCGCGCCCUCUCGGCAGAAGAGGGCCGUAUGCACCGCUUUGGGGCGAGAUUCAGGCGUGAUAUGAUCAAGCCGGAAUUAGAAGACCACGCGCCCAACACUACCAGCAUUGAGAACACGCCGCAGUAUCUACAGAUGCUAAGGCACAUGAUUGAGGAUCUUGGGGGCGAGGAGAUAAAAUCGCGGCUUGAGCGUCUUGGACAGGAAGCCGUGCUGCAGGAAUUAAGUAAUGAGGCUAGUCUCCUCAGACAGUGGUUGAUGGAACAGGAUCCGGAGGGGUGGGAGAAGUUUGUAGAGAGUCAGCGGGCGGCGUUGAGGAAUGAGAAUGUGAGCGGGUUGGCGCAGAGUUGUAGUGCUAUUGAAUGA